CCUCCCGGGCUGGGAUCCCCGGGGGGAGCCAUGCGGGUGGCCAGGUGGCUGACGGGGCUGCUCUGCCCGCUCUCGCUCUUCGUCGCCAGGUCUUGCGAAGUUCACUUCCACCCCCGGCAAGAAGCCCUGGUGAAGACUCUGCCCUCCUACGAGGUGGUGACUCCCGCGCGGGUCAACGAGUUCGGAGAAGUGUUCCCCCAGAGCCGCCACUUCAGCAGGAGGAAGCGCAGCUCCGAGGCCCUGGAACCCACGCCGUUCCGGACCCACUACCGAAUCAGCGCCUACGGGCAGCUCUUCCAGCUAAACCUGAGCGCCGACGCGGCCUUCCUGGCCGCUGGCUACACCGAGGUGCACUUGGGAACCCCUGCAGGCGGGGCGGAGGAGCUGGGCAGGACACCCCCAGAUCUGCGCCACUGCUUCUACCGCGGCCAGGUCAAUGCACGGGAGGAGCACACAGCCGUCUUCAGCCUCUGCGGAGGCCUGAUGGGAACCUUUAAAGCACACGACGGUGAAUAUUUCCUAGAACCUCUACUGAAAGCAGAUGGAAGUGAACAUGAGGAUGAUCACAACAAGCCACAUCUUAUAUACAGACAGGAAUUAAAGAGGGACUAUUAUCUACAAUUACAUAAGCCUUGUGAAGUUUCAGAGAGCCAAAUAAAGAAAACUACUUUACCAUUUCACAACUACAGCAACAUCAAUGAAGAUUUUAAUGUAAAGAAGAAAAUGGUCUUAGAAUACCCUUCAAGAAAUAUAUCAUUGGAAGAUGAAAGAAGUCAAUUACAUUCCAGGAGAAAACGUUUUUUAUCUUAUCCAAGAUAUGUGGAAGUUAUGGUCACAGCAGAUGCUAAAAUGGUUCAUCAUCAUGGGCAGAAUUUGCAGCACUAUGUACUAACUCUAAUGUCAAUUGUUGCAGCAAUCUAUAAGGACUCAAGUAUUGGAAAUCUUAUAAACAUAGUUAUUGUAAAACUAGUUGUAAUUCACAAUGAACAGGAAGGACCAGUCAUCAGUUUCAAUGCUGCAACCACAUUACGCAACUUUUGUUUAUGGCAACAAUCUCAGAAUAUUCUUGAUGAUGCUCACCCUUCCCACCAUGAUACUGCUGUUCUUAUCACUAGGGAAGACAUUUGUGGAGCCAGAGAAAAAUGUGAUACAUUAGGGUUAGCAGAACUAGGGACCCUGUGUGACCCUCUGCGGAGCUGCUCGAUUAGUGAAGAAAAUGGACUCAGUGCUGCCUUCACUAUAGCCCAUGAACUUGGGCACGUAUUUAAUGUUCCACAUGAUGAUAGUUUCAAAUGUAAGGAAUCUGGAAUUAAACAUCAGUAUCAUGUAAUGGCUCCAACAUUAAAUUACCAUACAAGUCCUUGGACCUGGUCAAAAUGCAGUCAGAAAUAUAUCACUGAAUUCCUUGAUACUGGUCAUGGAGAAUGCCUCCUUGACAAACCAAAUGGAAGAAUUUAUGAUCUUUCUUCACAACUUCCUGGAUUAAUAUAUGAUGUAAACAAGCAGUGUGAACUGAUGUUUGGUCCUGGAUCUCAAGUAUGUCCCUAUUUGAAGCAGUGCAGGCGUCUCUGGUGCACGAGCGCGGAGGGCGUCCACAAGGGCUGUCGCACUCAGCACAUGCCUCUGGCAGAUGGAACCAGCUGUGGUCCUGGGAUGCAUUGCCACCACGGUCUGUGUGUCAACAAGGAGAUGGAAACACGCCCUGUGGAUGGAGAAUGGGGGCCAUGGGGACCUUACAGCUCUUGUUCCAGAACGUGUGGAGGUGGAAUCAAAAGUACAACCAGGCUCUGUAAUCGUCCCAAGCCAAGAAACGGAGGAAAGUUCUGUGUGGGCCGCAGGAUGAAAUUUCGGUCAUGUAACACUGAUUCAUGUCCAAAAGGCAAGCAAGACUUUCGUGAGAAGCAGUGCUCUGACUUUGAUGGCGAACAUUUCAACAUCAGUGGCCUUUCCCCUAAUGUGAGGUGGCUCCCCAAGUACAGUGGCAUUGCCAUAAAAGAUCGCUGUAAACUCUACUGUCGGGUUGCUGGAACCACUAACUUCUACCAGUUGAAGGAUAGGGUUGCCGAUGGUACUCCUUGUGGGACUGAAACCAAUGACAUCUGUGUUCAAGGCCUGUGUCGGCAAGCUGGCUGUGACCAUGUGUUGAACUCCAAGGCCAAGAGAGACAAAUGUGGAGUGUGUGGUGGGGACAACUCUUCAUGCAGGACCAUGGCAGGCGUCUUCAAUAGCGCUCAUUAUGGUUAUAACAUUGUUGUAAAGAUUCCCACAGGAGCAACAAACAUUGAUAUUCUUCAGCACAGCUACUCAGGAAAACCAGAAGAUGACAAUUACCUUGCAUUAUCUGACACUCAAGGGAAUUUUCUUUUGAAUGGAAAUUUUGUUGUAAGUAUGUCAAAAAAGGAAAUCAACAUUCAAGGAGCUAUUUUUGAAUAUAGUGGCUCAAACAACUCAAUUGAAAGAAUUAAUAGUACUGAUCGACUGGAAGAUGAACUUGUUUUGCAGGUUUUGUGUGUGGGUAAUUUAUACAACCCUGAUGUGCAUUAUUCCUUUAACAUCCCUAUGGAAGAGACAAGUGACCUGUUCGUGUGGGAUCCAUAUGGCCCGUGGCAAGACUGCACCAAAAUGUGUCAAGGUCUUCAUGGAAGGAAAAUUACCUGCAUCCGCAAGAGUGAUCAUAUGGUCGUGUCUGAUCAAAGAUGCAACCACCUACCACUUCCACUCUUUGUGACCGAAAACUGCAAUAUGGACUGUGAACUAAGGUGGCACAUCACUGGCAAAAGUGAAUGUUCAUCUCACUGCGGUCAAGGUUACAGGUCUUUGGAUGUCCGCUGCAUGAAAUAUUCCAUCCAUAAAGGGCAGACUGUGCCAGUGGAUGAUCACUACUGUAGAGACCAGCUGAAACCUCCUACCCGAGAACCUUGUCAUGGGGACUGUGUUUUACCAAGAUGGCAUUAUUUAGGAUGGUCCCAGUGUUCCAGAAGUUGUGGAGGAGGGGAAAGAUCUCGAGAGUCUUACUGUAUCAAUAACUUUGGCCACCGUCUUGCUGACAGAGAUUGUCAAGAACUUCCCCGAGUGACGAGAGAGGACUGCAAUGAGUUCCCCUGUCCCAGUUGGGCUGCUAGUGAGUGGAGUGAGUGUCUUGUUACAUGUGGAAAAGGAACACAUCAACGGCAAGUAUGGUGUCAACUGAAUGAAGAUCAUUUGAGUGACAGCUUCUGUGAUCCAAGCACCAAACCUGAAUCUCUGAGACCAUGUGAGCUUCAGACAUGUGCUUCCUGGCAAGUAGGACCAUGGGGCUCCUGCACAGCCACGUGUGGAAUUGGGUAUCAAGUGCGUGCGGUGAAAUGCGUUGCUGAGCAACUGAAUACAGUGUUAGAUGACAGAGCGUGCCAUAGAGCCAGCCGCCCAAGCGACAGGCAGGACUGUGUAGUUACUUCCUGCCCAAUAAUCCCUAAAAUCAGGGCCACCUCAUUACCAGCUGUUCCCAUGGGAAUGAUGGCACAAUGGCGACAUGGUUCUUGGACCCCAUGCUCUGUGUCUUGUGGAAGAGGUAAUCAAGCCCGCUAUGUAAGCUGUCGCGAUGCUCACGAUGGAAUAGCGGAUGAAUCAUAUUGUGCCCAUUUACCCCGCCCUGCUGAGAUAUCUGUCUGUUUCAGCCCUUGUGGAGAGUGGCAAACGGGGAACUGGUCGCCUUGUUCAGCUUCCUGUGGCCAUGGAAAAGCAACUCGGCAAGUUUUAUGCAUCAACUACAAUCAGCCAGUCAACGAGAAGUACUGUGACCCCGGCAUUCGCCCUUCCAUAGAACAAGAAUGCAACCUGGAAGCCUGCCCGCCCACAUACAACCACUUUCCAAGUUCCUCUGAGCAGCCAGGCCAUUUUCCAGGCAGGAAUUUUCCAUUAACUCACAAACCAGAAGAUAAUCAAAAUCAGGGAAUCUAUUCAUUAAUCAGAGGGAAUCAAUGGCGAACAGGACCAUGGGGAUCAUGCUCAAGCAGUUGUGCAGGAGGCAUCCAGCGGAGAGCGGUGGUCUGCCAGGACGAGAAUGGACAAAGUGCCAUUUACUGCGAUGGGGCCUCCAAACCCCCAGAGACCAGACACUGUGAUUCAGGACCUUGUCCGCGGUGGAAUUAUGGAAACUGGGGAGAAUGUACACAGACAUGUGGAGGAGGAAUAAAAUCAAGAUUUGUAAUAUGUCAAUUUCCCAAUGGUCAAAUAUCACAAGAGGAAAACUGUGAAAUCUUCAACAAGCCCCCAAGUGUGGUGCAAUGCCACAUGCAUGCUUGUCCUUUUGAUGUGUCAUGGCGCCGGGGACCCUGGAAAUCGUGCUCUGUGACUUGUGGUAAAGGUUUAAAGUACCGUGAGGUGCUUUGCAUUGACAAAUUCCAAAGGAAAUUAGAAGAAACAAAUUGCAGUCAUCUUCAGAAACCCCGAACUCACAAAGCCUGUAGGUCUGCUAGAUGCCCCUCGUGGAAAGCCAACAGAUGGAAAGAGUGCUCUGUGACCUGUGGCUCUGGGGUUCAGCAAAGGGAUGUGUACUGCAGACUAAGAGGUGUGGGUCGCGUGGCCGAGGAACAGUGUGAUCCGUCCACCCAGCCUUAUUUUCAGAGGCAAUGUUGGCGUCAGGACUGCGUGCAGUACCAGUGGGUGGCAGAAGAGUGGCUGCCUUGCUCCACUUCAUGUAAGAAAAAAGAGACACUUCGGCAAGUGAAAUGCGUGGAUGCACAGAACAUUCAAGUGAAUGAAAGUUUCUGUGAGCCUUCAACCAGACCUGUUUCCGUCCAAAAGUGCAGGACUCCUCCCUGCAAGUAUAUCGUAGUCACUGGAGACUCAUCUCAGUGUACAGGUAACUGUGGAUUUAAGCACCGACAAAGGAUUACAGAUUGCAUCAGGAUCGACUCUACUGAGAAGUAUAUGCUCCAUCAGCUUUGGCCUGUAUAUUAUGGAAAAUGUCCCGUGUUGCCUUCCCCUCAGGUUUACAAAUGCAAUUUUAGGAGCUGUUUGCAUGUAGCCACUUGGAAAGUUGGAAAAUGGAGCAAGUGCUCUGUGACUUGCGGAAUUGGGAUAAUGGCAAGAAGAGUGGAAUGCAUGACCGAAAAUGGUUUUUCCAGUGACUUAUGUUUAAAGCGUUUAAAACCUGAUGCUCAGAAGAAAUGUUAUGUAAAUAACUGUAAAACUUAUGCCAGCUGCAAAGAAAUUCAGAUGAAAAACAACAUUACCAAGGAUGGUGACUAUUACCUUAACAUUAAGGGAAGAAUAAUAAAGGUCUAUUGUGCAGGCAUGUACUUGGAGAACCCCAAGGAAUAUAUAUCAUUGGUCAAAGGUGACGAAGACAACUUUUCUGAAGUGUAUGGUUUUAGAUUACAAAAUCCAUAUGAAUGUCCUUUUAAUGGAAGUAGGAGGCAAGACUGUGAAUGUAAAAAUGACUACUUGGCUGCUGGGUACACUGUCUUCAGUAAAAUAAGAAUUGAUCUCACUUCUAUGCAAAUUAAAACUACAGACCUUCAUUUUGCCCAGACACUAUUUGGUAAAGCGGUGCCAUAUGCCACAGCUGGGGAUUGCUAUAGCGCUGCCAGAUGCCCACAGGGACAAUUCAGCAUUAAUUUGGUAGGAACUGGGAUGAAGAUAUCCAGCACGGCAAAGUGGCUUGCCCAGGGCAAUUACGCCUCUGUCAUCAUACACAGAUCACAGGAUGGAACCAAGGUAUAUGGCAGAUGUGGAGGGUUCUGUGGAAAGUGUGUUCCUCACAUGGCUAUUGGUCUCCCGGUUCAAGUCAUAUAAACACCCAAUAGUAGACAGUAUGUCCCCAAGAGAAGACUGUCUCUGAAACAUCUAUAUAAACGGUGCUCAUUUCUUUCCUGUUCUCUUCCUGCAAAAUGUCUGUGCCUUUUUUGUCCCAAGGUGCUCACUUAGUGAUUCAAAUCAUUGCUUAAUUUUUUUCAAGUUCUCACAUUAAAGUUAACGGACAUAUGGCUCAAAUGAGAAGCCUUUUUAAAGAACACGAUAAUUUAUCGUGGGAGAUACAGGGUGUUUGAGUGAAUUAUACCAAAACAAUGUUGCUGUUAACUUGGAUUGAACCACAGUAAUAUUAUGCCUAUAAAUACACACGUCAAUCUCUAUCGUAUCCUAUUUAUAACAAAAUGUUUAUUCUACUUCUUGUUAAAAUGGGGCAAUUUUUAAAAUUUGUAAAAAUUAGGAAAAUGAACUUAAUCAAACUAUAAUUAUUAUUGAUCAAGUGACUAGUGAAUCAAUAGUUACAUUUAAAAAGUACAUAGCCAUUAUACUUUCUGCUGAUACAGUUUAGAUACCCUGUUUCAUAUUUCUUCUAAUUUUUAAUAGUGGAAUAUUGUUUUUCAAAUAAAAAACAUAGUCCUAAAUAUGUGGU